CUGGACGCAGAGAAAGCUGUGGAAAACAUCAGAGCUUACAAAAAACACGAUCUCCUCGGUGUACUCCUUCUACAGACACUCUGCCACCAGAACAGCCCGGCUCCGCCAAUUACCAGCUGCACUCAGUGAUGAGGACAUGGUCAGCCUCAAGCAGCCGUGCGCAGACCGCUGGCUAUCCCUACACAGGGCUGUGGAGGCCAUGAAGCACAACUGGGCAGCUGUGGCCAUGGAAAUUAAUGAAGAGGCAGUCGGAGGAAAUACCCAAGCACAAGGGCUGCUUGGUCAAAUCCAGACAUACAGCUUCAUAGCCCUGACUCACGCACUGGCCGAUCUACUACCAGUGAUGACAAAACUGAAUUUAGUUUUUCAGAAAGACAACGUCAAUCUUUCCAGCAUCCGGCCAAUAGUGCAAGCAUCUGACGCAGCAUUUAGACACUUACGAGAUGUCCCCGGUCCAGAAGAGGAAACAUUCCAUGCAGGAUAUAAAGACGGCACAUACAAGGAUGUCAAAUUGACCAAUUCAAGCGACCACUUCAUUGAAGCUUUCAAAGAAGCCAGAGAACGCUAUGUUCAACAUCUGAUAGAUGCCUUGCUAGAUCGGUUCCCCGAGGAUUGCAUGUAUGUACUUCACUGCCUUGAUGCCCUUCUGAACCCCUCUAGAUAUCCGCAGACACAUAUUGCUCUCCAAGAAUAUGCAGAACCAGUGAUCAGAAGGAUUAUUUGCCAUUUUACAAGCCUUGAGUCUGCGGACACCGCUCCUCUUAUCGAUACCGUAAGCCUGCGAUGUGAUGCCCUCGCUGUCAUGACAGUGCUCCGUGGCUAUGGAGGAUUGCAUUUCUCCACAGCCUGCGAAGUCCUCAUACGUGAUUUCAACGAAAUGUAUCCAGAGUGGACCAAGCUCGCCAAGAUAGCCUGUGUAAUCGCUGUCUCGAGUGUUCCUGCAGAGAGGGGGUUCUCGCUGCAGAAUCGGAUCAAGACGAAGCAGCGAAGUCGCCUUGCGGAGAACAAGGUUGCGCGGCUUAUGCGCAUUGCAAAUUGUGGAGAGACACUGGGAAGUUUUGAUUUUAAGUCGCCAGCUGCACAAUUCAGCACUGCAAAAAAGCAUAAAAAGUAGCCAAAAAUGACGCGAGACAAUGUUAUAGGCCUAGUCAUUUGUUUGUUCAAGUUAAUUUGACAAGGAGUCAUUUCACACGGUGGCCAAUUUAAAUUUUACCAGCUAAAUGAGACAUACUGAGUUUAUAAUUAAGUUUGCUUGAGUGAAAACAAUGCUAUAUUCGGAUAUUUUAUGUGGGGAAGGGGGGUUGGUUUGUUAAACUAUGAAAUGUGAAACCAUAGUAAAAAACAAUUGGUUGAUUGACGCCAAUCGGACGUUCAUGUUUUUUUUUCUGUCUAUUUGAAAGUAAGGCUAAUAAACAUGUUGCAUAUACGGCCUGAUUAUGUCAUUUUUUAAGUUACAUAAACUGCUUUCAGUUUUCCUCAACUUGACUAAUUAAGAGGAGAUAUUUGACUGGCAUAUCAUCAA